AUGAAGACUGCUAGUAAAAGGUCUGAACCACUACUCGUCGUCCUCUUGAUUCCAUUCAACGAACUCGAAUCAAUCGAUAUUCCACCAGCCGCCGAUGCCUCAACGACUUCAGAAGAUGUUCCACAGGACAUCAGUUCUCAGGGAUACCUAAAUGUCCACGAAUCGGAAGAUCCAGAAAUGAGAUUUUCGAAGGAUUCGGAUUCUGAAGACGUCGGCGUCGAGUAG